AAUAACUGCGAACCAGUAUACAUUUUGUAUUGGGUUAAAAUACACUACUCCGACGAUUGUUUCCGCCCUCGAUAAUCUAAUCCCAGCAUUCACUUUUCUCCUAGCCGUCCCAUUCGGGCUUGAAAAAUUGGGACUAAGAAGUAUAGCAGGACAAGCCAAAUUGAUUGGAACUAUAGUGUGUGUUGGAGGGGCAAUGUUAUUGUCAUUGUAUCGUGGACCUGUAGUGAUUGGCCAAUUGGGAUUUCACUGGAAAUAUGUUGAAAACACUACUGAUGACAAGGAUGCCAAUUCUACACAUACCAACUUCCUUUUGGGACCUUUUAUACUCAUAAUCAGCAGUAUUACCUAUGCAUUAUGGUUAAUCAUUCAAGCAAGAGUGAAUGAGAAGUAUGCAGCUCCAUAUUCUAGUACCCUUUUGAUGUUCUUCAUGGCAAGUUUCCAGUGCAUGAUUAUCAGCUUUUGUGUCGUACCAAAAGCUUCUGAAUGGGCUUUAAAUCCUAUUAGAGCUAUCUCUGUUGUUUAUAAUGUAAGUAUCUUUAAUUUCCUCUCCAAAAUAUUAGUUUG